CCUACCUAUCUUGUGGGAACCCGCGCCCUGGGCUCCGGCUCCGGAUGAGUACCGCCCGUAGUCAUCUCUUGGGAUUUUCUUUAUUGCCUUGAAUUUUUAUUUAUUUUUCUUUCUCGAUUUGUCAUUUUUCUCUCGGGUUUCCCCUGUUAGCUGUUACGCACGCCCAAGGACGACUGUUCAAGAGAAGCUGAGAGCAAGCGUUAACCCGGAAGGAGUGACCCGGAUGUGAAAGUGAGUCAGUGUUUGUCGGGCUGAAAUGUAGCAGGUCACAGAAGGUUCCGGCUUCAGAAAGGAAAGCUGUCGUCCUUUCUUUUUCUUAGAUGCUGAGAUGAAUCGUCACCUGUGUGCUUGGCUUUUUAGACAUUCAUCUCUUAAUGGUCCCCUCCAGUACCACCUCCAUCCCCAAUCUCAUCAGUUUACGCAGAUCCAUCUUGAUACAAGGCUGUGGAUUUUUAGACAAAGCAGGAAUCCCAUUCUCCACCAUCUGUUAAAUAAGAAUUGUCCCAGGAGAUACUGUCAUCAGUCCAAGAUGCUGUGGAAGCAUAAAGCACUACAGAAAUAUAUGGAGGACCUGAACAAGGAGUACAGGAUGCUUGACGACUGUUUGCAGCGUAUGUCUGUGAAUGAAGGGGACCAGAAGUCCCUGAGUCGAAGGCAUGCUCAGUUGGCGCCACUUGCAGCCAUUUACCAAGAAAUUCAGGAGGCUGAGCAAGCAAUUGAAGAAUUAGAUUCAAUGUGUAAAAGUCUAAAUAAACAAGAUGAAAAGCAGUUACAAGAACUCGCAUUGGAAGAGAGGGAAACCAUCGCUCAAAAAAUCCAUAUGUUAUACAGUGAGCUUUUCCAGAGUCUAGUGCCAAAGGAGAAAUAUGACAAAAAUGAUGUUAUUUUAGAGGUGACAUCUGGAAGAACUACUGGAGGUGAUAUCUGCCAACAGUUUACUCGUGAAAUAUUUGAUAUGUACCAGAAUUAUUCAAACUAUAAAAACUGGAAAUUUGAACUCCUGAAUUAUACACCAGCUGAUUAUGGUGGGCUGCAUCACGCAGCUGCCCGAAUUUCUGGUGACAGUGUCUACAAGCAUCUGAAGUAUGAAGGUGGGAUUCACCGAGUUCAGCGAAUCCCUGAGGUGGGCCUGUCAUCAAGGAUGCAGCGCAUUCACACGGGAACCAUGUCUGUUAUCGUCCUCCCUCAGCCAGAUGAGGUAGAUGUGAAGGUGGACCUGAAGGAUUUGCGGAUAGAUACAUUUCGAGCCAAAGGAGCAGGAGGACAGCAUGUUAAUACAACAGAUAGUGCGGUCAGACUUGUCCACAUCCCCACAGGGCUUGUAGUAGAAUGCCAACAAGAACGAUCACAGAUUAAAAAUAAAGAAAUAGCUUUGCGUGUGUUGAGAGCUAGACUCUACCAGCAGAUGAUUGAGAAAGACAAGUGUCAGCAACAAAGUACUAGAAAACUGCAGGUGGGAACAAGAGCCCAGUCAGAGAGAAUUCGGACAUAUAAUUUCACCCAGGAUAGAGUAACUGACCACAGAAUAGCAUACGAAGUUCGUGAUAUUAAGUGGUUGGGACGAAGGGGUUCCCGAAAGCCGAGUACUCAAGAUGCAUGGAAACCAGUCUGCAGAAACAGAACUUCAGGAAUCAGUAACACACACACACACACACAGGUCAAUCAGGAGCGACAUUCAGAGGGGAAGAUUAGAGGGGUUGCCCCAGGAAGGAGGAUGUCUGAUCUGUAAGAAUGUCGAAGUCACCCCGAAAUGGAAUUGGUGGCAGUACCAGUGAGAUGCCUCAGCCUCCUCAGAAGAAAAGGGCCAGAGUAGAUCCUGCUGUUGGAAACACUGAUGAACAGAGUUGAAGUUAAAAGAUUUCUGAAGAACUAAAACCAUGGAUUGUUGGGACACCUGGGUGGCACCGUAAGUUAAACAUCUGCCGCCUGCUCAAGUCAUGAUCUCUGGGUCCUGGGAUCAAGCCCUGCAUCGGGCUCCAUGCUCAACAGCAAGUCUGUUUCUCCCUCUCCUCCUCUGAUCUCUCUUGCUCUCACUCUCUCAAAUAAAUAAAUAAAAAUCUUAAAAAUAAAAAAAAUUUAAUUAAAAAAAUUAAAUCCAUGGAUUGUUAAUGACUGAGGCAUAAUUACCAGGCAAAAACAGUUCUGUCUUCCUGUGAAGAAGAAUAUGGAUUCCAUUGUAAAGGAUUAUGCAAAUUCUAAGAAAUCUUGAGGAAACACAGAAAAUAAGGAUUAUGCUGUUAAUGAAGUUGUGGCAGGAAUUUUAAAAACUGGAAUAUAAUGUUGGGGGCUCGGCUACUCUACAAAUUUGAAAGACCCCAGUAUGUCAGUUCCUCAAAGAUUGCCCUGAGUCACUUCACCUUUAUCCCACAUACAUGGAGUGCCACAUCAACUGAACUGGAACAGUGUUGACUUAUUCGCCUCAAGAUAAAAAGAUUCUUACUUAAUGACGGAAUGAUCUUCACAAUUUCCUGGCAAAGAAUUCUGCAACUUUAUUUAGUGCCACCAAUUAUGAAGUGCCUUCUCCUCAGAGAGGGUAUAAUUUAUAGUAAAUUAAAUGCAACUCCAUACACCAUGUAAUCACCAGCCCAAGCAAAAAGAGGACAUUUGCAUCACCCCUGAAAUUUCCCUUGUGUUCCUUUCCAGUUGACCCAGCAAUCUGCCAAAAUCCCUCCUCCAACAGUGGCAGCCUCUAAUAAAAUUUUUUUCUUCUGACAUGAUUUAUAUUCACCAUAACUUAUUUUCACUAUUUUGGAACUUCACAUACACUGUGUACUCCUGUAUAUCUGGCUUCUUUAGAUCAAUAUAAAAGUUUUGAAUCCUCACAUUAUGGCAUAUAUCAAAGGUGGUAUCUUUUUACUUCCAAGUAGUAUUACACUGUAUGAAUAUACCACAAUUUUUUUCAUUCUCCUAUUGAUGCCC